AUGCGGUAUCGUCGCCGAGUAUACAUCCCACCGACAACCAUCAGAAUCGCCGACUCGAUGUCGUCUGUCAUCCGCCCUCCGGACCCAUGCCUGAUCGCCAUCGCGCUCGUGGUUCGAUCUCGUGCCGGUCCGCGCUUCGUCUACCACUACCCUCCUAACCCAUCUAUCGCGGAGUCCCCCUCGACAUCGCCAAACCGGUAUGACCAGCAGCAGUCUAAGCAGGAGGAGCAAGAGGAUGCGGAUCCAGACCAGGAAGCCAAGGGGACUGAUUCAGGCGCAUCGGUGGACGAGGAUGGAGCGACGUCUGAAGAGGAGUCGAGUGUUGUUGAUCGGAGCGAGAAAGUCGAGCGAGACAGAGAUAGAGAUAGAGAGCGGGAGCGAGACCGCCGCUCGCCUAGUCGCAGCCAGACGCUUAACGCUGUGAAGAAGAAAGUAGCUAUCCAGGGACUGGGACUGAGCGAGGGAGACACAGACGAAAAGAAAAGCGAAUUGACCAGUCUACAAGCCGAUUUGUUUCUGGGACUGAAAUACGAUGUGUGGGAGAAGCUGCUCUCUCCGUCACCUGCGUGGCAUAAGCGGCGAUUCGAGGUGGGCGUCAACGACCUGACGUUUGUGGGAUGGCCUGUCUUCGUGCGCAAGGACGGGACAUGGCGGAAGCGGAAGAAGAAGCGAGAGAAAUGCAGCAGCAAGAAGAAAGAGAAAGAAGACGAAGAGAAGGAGAAAGGGAAGAAGAAUGGAUGGAUCUCUGGCCUUGGAGCUGGGUUGGUAGAGCUCGGUAUACCCCUUGUGUCUGUCGGUGGUGGUGGUGAUGACGAUGGUGAAGACGGCGGCGAUGAAGACGAGGACUGCUCUGAUGAGGAACGGCUUACGAUCAAGGACGGGAUGACGAUGUUCAAUGUUGUGUUUGUGCUGAAUCCGCCGGCGCUGGAGUAUAACGUGCGGGUGAGGGAGAUGUACGAUAACGUGGUGAAGAAGUUCGGCAAGGCGCUGAAGAGCGAGCAGGCGAGGGCGAACUAUGUCUGGAAAGAAGCGCAGAACAUCCUGCGCAUCAAGGAGAAGUGCCGUGAAGAAAGGGUGUCGCUGGCCGGACUGUAUACGCAGCUAUUUGCGAAGUCGAGCCUCGCGCAGGCCAUUGAGACGCUGUAUACCAACAUCAGCGCCUCGAAGAUAGCCUCCGUCAGCCUGGGACCGCAGACGAGCAUGUCGAUGCAGAUACCACCCAUGACCUCUACGCCUCACCUGCCGUCCGCCAACGAGCCAGGCUACCCGGGUCUCUGGCUGACGACGGCGGACAGCAUCUCGUCUACGGACGAGACAUCACACAUGAACAACCCGGGCCAGUCGCAGGUGAUGCUGGCCAAACACUUUGCACUGCUGCUGCUGAGCGACGAGACGAGCAUACUCAAGGACAUCGAGGCGUCGAAGAGCACCAUCGGCCCACCGCUAGCACACUACAUCCGAUCCUCCAAGCCUACCAAGUCGUUUGCGCAGAUUGCAGCUCGCUCGCAGAUACCGCUGUCUGACAUCCAGAUACUGGCCAGCCAUCUGGUGUACUGGCGGCGAGCGAGGGCGAUACCGCCCCUGAACAAGAAGGACGUGUAUAUCGUCUCGCCGAACGCAGACAUGAGCAAGCUGGGAGUGGCUAGUGCAGCGUACGAGGCGAUGUUCCCUACCUUGCCUAGCCUGGCGAAGAUGCUGUCUGCGCUGAGCUGUGGCAGUCCCCGGCCUUACUUUAGCUAUAUACCCAGCAAGGACCACAAGGAGGCGUACUAUGAUAUACUGGCCUGGCUGGUGCGAGGUGGGUGGGUGACGCAGCUGAGGACCUUUGCGUGGGUGAAGGCCAGUCCGGAGGUGAAGAUGGCUGUCCAGAGCCAACAGGUCAACGGACACCACAUCAUUCAUGAUGGAGACUAUGAAGAAGACGAGUAUGAAGAUGAAGAUGAAGACGGCCUGGCUACCCCCGUCCCCGGCCGUGUCAAUACCAGGAUACCUACCACUCCAGUACCACAGACAGCAACGAGGACACCAACCUCGACUUCAACCACUACAUCCUCGCUCAUCCUCCGACCUCACCGGCCUUCACCCCUAGAGUCCCGCUGGCUAGACCACAUCCACAACUCCUUUCCUCUCUCUGCACCAGGCGAAGACGACGACGAAGAAGAAGAAGUAGAAGAAGAAGCAGUACAGAAAGAACAAGAGAAAGAAGGACAAGAAAAAGCGCCCAGCCAGAGCUUCUCGACCGACGAUGCCGAGGCAGACGUCCAUGCUGCCCUGCGUCGCCACUGGCCGAUGCUCACCCGCUACUUCACCGGCCUCGACGCGCUGCAGAAGAUCACUGUGCGUGAAGGCCUGCCGCACCGUCUUGUCUGGCGCAUGCUGAACCUGCUGGACGUCAACUCUGGCGUCUCGGGAGGUGCUGGCGCGGCUGCUGGCACUGCUGCGGAGGCUGAGGCGUGGGAUGAGCGCGAGAAGGUGCUUGUUACUGUCAGGCAUUGGUAG